AUGCGCCUCCCUACAUCAAUGGCACUCUGCCUUUUGGCUGGCACGCUUUCAAGUGCAUACCCCGCACCUCAAGAUGAACCUGUUUCUACGACAACCCUUCCGGAUGGAGCCACAACUACGCUGCCUGUGUCACCUGCGACCGAUACAGCAGUCGCGAGUGAUCAGCUGGCCGAGUUAGCAAACUUCGCUCAGGACUUGGUCAAUUCUACGCUCGAAGAGACCAGCAGCAAGCAAAAGCGAGGAGGCUGCACCCUGAAGAAUCUUGCCGUGCGGCGAGAAUGGGGAAGUCUGUCGAAGAGCGAACGGAAGGCGUACACGAAAGCCGUCCUAUGUCUGCAAAGCAAGCAGGCCAAGACCCCAUCAUCACUUAUUCCGGGAGCUAAAUCCCGAUUUGAUGAUUGGGUGGGAACCCACAUAAACCAGACUCUGACCAUUCAUUAUACCGGCACCUUCCUGGCUUGGCACCGAUACUUCACCUGGCAGUAUGAGCAAGCGCUCCGAAAUGAAUGCGGAUACACAGGCUACCAGCCCUACUGGGAUUGGGCAAAGACCGCUGUGACUGGCAUGGAGAAUUCUCCCAUCCUCGAUGGCUCCGAUACCUCAAUGUCUGGCAAUGGCGCACACAUUCCCAAUCAGGGCGGCAUCGUCCUCGGCGGAAACGGUCUCCCUGAACUCCCUCUUCCGGCCGGCACAGGAGGCGGGUGCAUCACCUCUGGACCCUUCAAGAACAUGACCGUCAACCUCGGCCCUGUCUCUCUAGCCUUGCCCGGCGGUCUCACUGAGGCCAACGGCGACGGCUUCUCCUGGAACCCUCGCUGCCUCAAGCGCGACCUCACCACCGAGAUCAAUCGCCGCUUUGCGAACGCAUCCUCUAUCGUCCAUCUUGUGCUCAAAUCAAAGAACAUCUGGGACUUCCAGAUGACGAUGCAAGGUGUCCCAGGCAGUGGCGACAUCGGUGUCCACGGCGGCGGUCACUACUCCAUGGGCGGGGACCCUGGUCGCGACGUUUUCGUCUCCCCGGGUGAUCCUCUCUUCUACCUGCAUCACGGCAUGAUCGACCGCACGUGGUGGAUCUGGCAGAUGCUUGACCAGCGGACCCGGACGGGCGCAGCCGGCAUCUCCGGCACGGGAACAUUCCUGGACUCACCGCCUAGCCCCAAUACUACGUUGAACACUAUGGUUGAUCUGGGGUAUGCUGCAGGCCCACCUCAGGCCAUGCGUGACCUGAUGAGCACGACUGACGGGCCUUUCUGCUACAUCUAUGUAUGA